UAGAGUAAAGUUUGUCAACAAUCAAAAUGGCCGCGACUAGAGGGUGUUUCUAGUUGGCAUUCAGGGAGGAGACUUGACCUUAGGCGGACCGGAGUUGCUUACGCGCCCGCGGGUCUCCCUAGUGAUGACGUUGCUAGUAGACGCCGAAACACGUGACGCUGCGAGUGAGUGCGCUGUGCGAGCUGUGUGUGUGUGUUGCCUACGCGCGGCAAAGGCGAGGGAAGAUGGCGGACGGGAAGGGAGAGUCCCGAACGGGGCUAGCCAGCAAAGACACACCGCCUUUAUCGCUUUCCAUGGCUCGAACCCACCGCUUGGCAGAAGACCUGAGGGAGCUAGAGGACACGCUGAAAGAGGACGAUGUGUCUGCACCCUCCUCUUCUGUGUACUGCAGUCGCUUCUGCGAGGCUUUAGAGCAGGGCUGUAUACCUUUUUCCAAGUGGUGGGUGUGACCCUUUCUCCAGAUCGGCGAUGGAUUGUCAGGCAGGUUGGAGGUGAGGGAUACGGCACUUCUGCAUUAUUUAGAAAGGACUCACGGUCUUUCAUUUAUCUAAUGAGGUUCGAUUGGACUGGCCCACAUUUGGGAGAGAUACUAAUGCAGCAUACUGAAGAAAAUACAGCUUCAGAAAACUUAAGUCAUUGUGCAGGUGUUUAUGGAACUGCUUUGCAGAGCUUUGCUACUGCUCGCCCUUACCUCACUACUGAAUGUGAAGAUGUUUUGCUUCUACUCGGAAGGCUUUUGUUAAGCUGUUUUGAAGUAAUACUUUCAAUGACCGAAGAUGAUCUCUCAUGCAAUUAUGGAUUGCAAUUAAAGAAAUCUAUUAUGGAUUCACAUAACAUACUAGUGGAAUUUGGAAAUAACAAUUUACAGUUAUUGAUUGAUAUGGUCCAGAAUGGAGGAGCUUGGAAAAACCAUGUUCUAGUUAAAAUAUUGUCUCAACAACCUGUUGAGCCUGAAGAAGUCCAGAAAUGGAUUUCACAAGAGGGGUCCUGUUUUCUACAGAUGCGAAUUAAGCACUUAAUGAAAUCAAACUGCAUACAGCAAGCAAUGAUCUUAUCGAAGAUUUGUUCAGACACAGCUGAAUUGCUGAAUGAUUUUUUUUUUCGUCAGUCAUUUAUCACAUGCCUGUGUACUAUGUUACCUAACGAGGAUGCUUUUAAAGAGAUUUCAAAGAUGGAUGGAAAGGAAAUAUUAGAUACAAUAUGUAAUCUGGAAUCUGAAGGACAAGAUAAUACAGCAUUUAUUCUCUGCACUACUUAUCUCACCCAGCAACUGCAGAAUGAAAUCACUUCUUGCUCCUGGGAGUUGACUCUAUUUUGGAGCAAGCUGCAGAGAAGGAUCGAUCCAUGUUUAAACACAUUUCUUGAAAGAUGCAGGCAGUUUGGAGUCAUUGCUAAAACACAACAACAUCUUUUUUUCCUUAUCAGAGUUGUGCAUGCAGAGGCUGGAGAUGACGGUGUUCCGGUUUCAAUAGUGUUAUGCAUAAGAGCCCUUCAGAUUCCUUCAAAUGACACUGAUGCAACAAAGACUUCUGUUUGCAAAACAAUAGCUUGCCUCUUACCACAAGAUUUGGAGGUGAGACGAGCCUGCCAACUCACAGAAUUUUUAUUUGAGCCAACUUUUGAUAGUCUAAAUAUAUUGGAGGAGCUAUUUCAGCAGCCUGAUCAAAAAAAUGAUGAAGAAUCAAGUGUUAUUUCAAACUCCCUACGCUGUGAACUUUUGCUCGCUUUAAAGAGUCACUGGAUGUUUGAUCCUGAGUUCUGGGACUGGAAAACAUUAAAGCGGCAUUGUCUAAAACUUCUAGGGAAAGAAGAAUCUGAUCAGGAGGAAGAGAAUUUUGAUAAUCCUUUAGUUAAUGAGGCAGAUGUUUUAAACCCUUCAUUAGGUAGCUAUGAGGACUACAUUGAAAAAGCACAAGCAUCUCCAGAAUAUGUUCCUAAUGAACUUGAAACUACCAAAGUGAAAAAGCCAGUUGGAUCAUCUGAAAGGUAUAAAAGGUGGCUUCAAUAUAAAUUUUACUGCUUAAUCUGCAACAGAGAAGUAAUUGAGGCCAGAAUUCUCCAUCAUUCUAAGAUGCACUUUGCUGAUGGCAUAUACACUUGUCCUGUUUGUAUUAAGAAGUUCAAGAAGAAGGAUAUUUUUGUACCUCAUGUAAUGGACCAUAUGAAAAUGCCCAUGCGACAUCGACCAAGGAAGGACAAAAUGCAGGAACUGAAACCCGAUAUGGAGUCUGCUGAAGAUGCAUGUGAUACUAUGGGUUACAUUUCAUUUAAAACAAUACAAGAUAAACAACUUCAAGACAGAGAUGUUUACCCAUGCCCAGGCACUGGUUGUUCUAGAGUGUUCAAGCAAUUUAAGUACUUAAGCAUACAUCUUAAAGCUGAGCAUCACAAUAGUGAUGAUAAUGCAAAACACUAUUUGGAUAUGAAAAACUUGAGAGAGAAAUGUGCCUUUUGCAGAAGACAUUUUAUUACUGGUUUCCAUUUAAAGCAGCACAUGAGAAUUCAUUUAGCAUCACAGCCUUUCUUAUGUGCUUCAAUAGACUGCAGUGCAAGAUUUAAUACUAUUAAUGAACUUCUCAUUCACAAACAGUCACACCCUGACCCCCAAUACAAGUGUGAAUUAGAAGGCUGCAGCUUAGUUUUUGGUGACCUGGGUCUCCUUUAUCACCAUGAAGCUCAACAUUUUAGAGAUGCUUCAUAUGUAUGCAGUUUUUCAGGUUGCAAAAAGUUCUAUUAUUCUAGAACUGAGCACCUAGAACACAUUGUAACGCACACAAUAAGUUCUAAUAAUGGUAAAGAUGUAAUUAAUGAAAUAACCUGCAAGCAAGAAAACCAACACCUUUCUUCCCUUAAUAAUCAAGCUUACACACUCAGUAAUUUGGACAAACUUUGUGGCAAUAGCCCCAUGCUCCAGGAUACAAAUAUAGUACCUGAAAAGAAGAUUCCAACAGAGCCUGGAGAUGUUAGUUGUAAACAAAUACAUUUCAAUGCUUCAUCUCAUAAUCCAUGUGAACAUUUACACACAUUAACAGACUGUUUAAAAAAUGCAGGAGGCUUGCACUGCACUUGCAAAAUAGCAAAUACAGUUAAAGUCAGUCUCCAAAGGAUUAACCCUCUUCAGUUUUCACAGAGCUUAGCUGGGCAUAAUACAGUUAAUAUCACAGACAAAAAACACAAUGAGUCUGCUGGAGAGGACACACCAAAAACUCCUUUAUUGCCUAAUACCGAACAGUUAAACUGUGUAAACAAGUGUGUACCAAGCUCAGACAAAACAGGUUCUGCAGAAGAUUGUGGUGAGACACAUUUAUCCUCUGUAUGCCAUAGAUCAACAUGUGAGAACACCAUAAAUGAACUUCUGACAAGUCUGAAGCAUUUAAACUUAAAGAACUCUAAUUCAUGUAUAACCACCUCUGGUGCCCAAGAUUCUGAAGCAAAUGCCAGCUCAUCUAUUGAUUGUGCUGUUCCUAAAAACUCUCUUCCACUGAAACAAGAAAAAGUGCACAGUCAAUAUCUCACUCAGCUAGCUAGUAAACCAUACCUUUGUGAACUUAAAGGAUGCAAAUUUGCUUUUGCCACGAAAGAUGCUCUUUUAGUGCAUUAUGUAAAAAAACAUCAUUACACAAGGGAAAGAACUCUUAAGUUGCAAAUAUUUCAAAAUAAAUAUACUCCAUUUCAAUGCCAUAUCUGCCAAACAGCAUUUUCAAGGAGAACGCUCCUUCGAAUUCAUUACAAAAAAGUACAUCACCUAUCAAAAGAGAGAGCCACCUGCCGAAGAGGCAGAAGAAAGCUGGAAAAUAUUCAAACUCAUAUUAAUGAGAGGCAUAACAAUUAUAUUCAGUUCCAAGCAAAUGAAGCCAACACAUCGACUCAUGACAGUAAAUCUCUCAUCCAAGAUUUUAAUAAUGAAACCUUCACUGAUUCGUUGUCUGAUGAAACAGAUGCUGGAAAUGAAAAUGGCACAUCUGGAAGUCAUUCAGACAAUUUUAAAGGUGGGGAAGGGAGAGGUAGAAGACGUGUUGUGGCCCAAGGAAAAUUGUGUUAUAUAUUGAAUAAAUACCACAAACCAUUUCACUGUAUCCAUAAUACCUGUAAUGCCUCUUUUACAUCCCAGAAAAGCUUAGUUCGUCACUACCAACUGGUCCAUCAAUAUAACAAAGAAUCUUUAUGUCUAGAAAGAGAUAAAGUCGAUACUAGAAGGGAGUAUGGCAAAUGUAGACGAAUAUAUACUUGUAAAUAUAAGGCAUGUAGAAAAAGUUUCAUUUGUGCAAAAGCACUUUCCAAGCACUACACAGAAUUUCACAACCAUGAAAAUGAAGAAAAAGAACUUGAUGACACAUAUGCAGAGAACAGCUCUAAACCCCAAACGGAUGAAGAGAAAUCCAGUGAUGAAACAGAAACUGAUGAGUCUGAAAUUUAUUGCGAUGCAGAAGGCUGCACUGCAGUUUUUUCAGAUCACGCAAGCUACACUCGACACAUUUUAUCCCGUCACAGGAGAUAUAGACUGUAUGAAGGACGGAGAAAAAGAAGACUAAAACUGGAACAAGAUGAAAUGCAGGGAAAAUAUAUUGCAUCAAGGCACGGAAGUAAUUUGAUGUAUAAUAGAAAAAAACGGAGAGUGAGAAAAAAGGAAGACAAAAGGGAGUCGGCUGAAUUAAAAUCAAGAGAAGAAGCCUUACAAAUGUGUGCGCAGAAUGUUGAUAUCACUCAGUUCCCAUGCAUGAUCCAUGGUUGUUCUUCAGUUGUAAAAUUAGAAAGUAGUAUAAUUCGGCAUUACAAGCUAACACAUAACCUGUCAGCGAAUUAUGUUACCGAUAAUACUGCAGGACUUGUAUACUGUGUCAAGAACUUCCCACACUGUAAAACAGAACAAAACUUUUCAACUGAAGCUCAUAGUCCAGAGAGGCACGAUUCAAUUAAAGAACAUAAAAUACCUAAAUUACAUUUACAUGGUGAUAUCCACAGUAAAUUUGAUCAAAGUGAUGGAGAAGAGGGGGUUCAGAUUAAUAAGUCAGACUUGUCUAGUUCAGAUGAGAGAGACUCUCUAAAUCAAGCUAAAAUGUUGCAUGGUUGUUUAAGGCAAUCUGGUAUACAUUCAUCUCUUAAAGAAUGCAUCAGUUCUGGUGCUAAGGUAAUGCCCUCUUUUGCUAAUUUUCAAACAUGUGACGUGGGUAACAAUGGACCACACAAUUCUGUGGAUGCAGACUCAUUAAAAUCCCAAAAUGUGGACAGUGAAAUACAGUUAACAUCAAAUUUAAAGGCAAGCUUUAAGCCAAAUGGAUUUGAAUCAUCAUUUCUGAAAUUUUUACAAGAAACUAGGGAUUCGGAUGAUGAUGAUAAGUUAGAGGAUACAGAAUGGAAACCGCAACAGCACUGCAAAUUGCAGAAUUCUUUCCAAACUAAAAAACUCUCUUUUAGAGAAACUAGUAGAAAUCACCAUAAGGUAUGCUUAUCCCAAGGCAAGCGCUUAGGACAUGAUGAUCUACCAGGAUUCCAGCCUUUGUUGUCCAGUAAUGUACAGACUGCAACAUCAAUACCUACCUUACAAACUCUAAGGACCAUAUUGGACAAAGCAUUAACAGAACGUGGAGAUCUUGCUUUAAAACAACUCCAUUACCAACGACCCGUUGUUGUUCUGGAGCGAUCAAAAUUUAAUAUCCCCCUCAUAGACUUGUUCUCAAGUAAAAAAACUGAUGAACUGUGUGUGGGGAUUUCAUGAGAACUAAACCAAAAAGUGUGCCAGUAUUAAUUUGAGGAAUCCAUCUGAAAUGCACAGAAGGAUUAUUGGUGAAAAAAAGACUUGUAUUAUAGCAAUUUUGUGCAAUUAGAUGUAUCAUUUCCUGAAUGUAUUUUAUCUGUGUUCACAAAUAUACAUUUGUUUAUCUUCCCAGAUGAAAACAUUUUAUUUGGUGCUAGGACAUCAAUAUAAUUGGGCUUCCUUUGGAAAUACAUGUGCAUGAUUGUCCUGGGAUUUGAAUAAUACAAGUUUUUCAUACUUGAAUGAAAUAUGCACUUGUGUGCUUUCUGUAAUAUAUUGUACAGUAUGACCUCUUAUAUAUUUUUUUGAGUUGUGUUUCAAUAAAUUGCGAACUUUCACCUGUUAUGAUGGUGCAUUCCAAAUAUAUUUUUGUUUGCUGUAAUAUAGGAUUUUUUUUUUAAUGUUUGCCAUAAUUUGAACUUUCUUUAAAACAAUCCAUCAAAGCUGUAUAGAAUGGGCUAAAUUUUCUGCACUAAGUGUAGGUUUAGCAUGUCUGUUUUUACCUAAUAUUUUUUUUUAUAUGUUGAAAAUGCUUUGAUUUAGCCUAAGUGAAAAUGUUGUGAUGUAUGCAGACUGAGUUUAAUAAAUUUAUUUUCUAUAAA